GCGUCGGUAGGUCCGUCACCGUGGGCUGCGCUUGGCACACGCACCGGGCUGAAUAUCGCUGAAAGUUCCGGCGCGGGGAGGGCAUACAGCCGCGCCAGUACCCCUCCGACCAGCGAUGCUGUGCUGUCUCCGGAAAUAGAAUGUGCAUAACGUCCGUAGAUCGGCCGAUCGGGUGCGCGAGUGUGAGUGCAAAUGACUGAUAGCCCGAUUUAGCGGGUUGAACUUGAACAAAAUGUGGACCAAAAGGUUAUGGUUAUGGAGGUUUAUGUUGUGCAUGUUGUUAGCGGUGUCGGUGCUGGCGGCCACAGCGAGAGCUGAUGCCGAUGUACCUUCUGAAUCACAAUGCCGUCCAUACAUAGAAAAAGCUCUAAAAGAAAAAGAGUCGGGAGAUACGGAACGAGAGUCUGCAGAAAAAAACGAAAGUAGUGAAGUAAAUGUAGAUGACGAUACGAAUGAAGUCAACUCAGCAGAAGGUAAUGAUAAUACAGACAGUAAAGAGGAUGAUGCACCAUCUUUAGAAGUCGCAGAUGAACCCUAUGUAUCCGAAGCUUCAGUUGAAGUGGUCGAAGACAGUGAGACGAAUGAGGACGCGACAAUAGAAGAGAAAGAAGAUAAUAGCGCAGAAGAGCAGACAGAAGAAAACCAGGAGCAAAGCGACGGAGACAGCAAUGAGGAAGCAUCUGCUGAAGACCAAACAGCCGAAAAAGAUACUGGAGAUGAGUCAGAAGAAAAAGACGAUGCCAAAGUUGAUGAGGUAAAUAACGAUGACGAAACAACGGAAGAUGACAAUAAUGACAGCAAGGAAAUAGAUGGAACGGAAAAUAAAGAAGAUGAAGCCGAAGAUGAAAAAUCUGCAACUGAAGCAAGUUCAGAUGAAGCUGGUGACACAUCAAAAGAAACUACAGAUAAUGAUGAAUCAAAAGAAAAAUCAGAAGAGGUAGAGGAUGGAUCUCAAGAAAAGGCUGAAUCAGAAGAGAAAGAUGAAAGUAAAAGUGAAGGUGAUAAUGAUUCUAAAGAAGCACAAGAUGAAAAAUCAAACGAAGAAGAAGCAGAAAGUGUUGCGGAAUCUGCAGAAGUAGACGAAGAUUCUAAAGAAAAAGAUGAAGAAUCAGUCGAAGAGACUGCUGUUACUGCAGAAGCAGACAAUCAAUCUGAAGAAGAUACGAAGGAACAAAAUGAUGAAGAGAGCCAAGAAAAAGAUUCAGAAGAUAAUAAUGUAGAGGGCAUUGAUUCAAAGCCAGACGCUUCUGAGUCAAGCGAUGAAGUUACCGAAUCUGAAGCGACUGAAACAAAAUCGGCUGUUAGUGGUAAUGAAGAAUCAGAAGAAACCGAGCAAAAUGUUGAAGAUGAAGCAGCAUCUAAUGAAGAAGGAACGCCUGAGGAAGACUUAAUGAAAACUGGAGAAAUUCCCGAAAAUUUAAGAUCACGUGACCAUAUAAAUCAAAUUCUAAGGUUAGAUGAAGAAGCAAGCGAAGGAGAAAUAACUAUAGAAAGAUCAGCAGACAUAGUUCUCAGGGAUCUAAAGAGAGUAUAUGAGAAUUCUAUUAAACCUUUAGAAACAGUUUAUAAAUACAGAGAUUUAAGUAAUAGACAUUUUGGUGAUCCCGAAAUCUUUUCCAAGCCCUUAGUCCUUUUUAUGGGACCAUGGAGUGGUGGUAAAUCUAGUAUCGUUAAUUAUUUGACAGGACUAGAGUUUACAGAGUGGUCCCUAAGAACUGGUGCUGAGCCAUCACCAGCGUAUUUCAAUAUUCUGAUGUAUGGUAAGGACCCAGAAGUUUUGGAUGGUACGCAACUUGCAGCUGAUUGGACUUUUUCUGGGCUUCAGAAAUUUGGUCAAGGACUUGAAGAACGUUUAAGAGGUCUAAAGCAUCCAAGUAAAAUAUUAGAAAAGGUUAACAUUGUAGAAAUACCCGGAAUUUUGGAAGUUCGAAAACAAGUAUCCCGUGUCUUUCCUUUUAACGAUGCAUGUCAAUGGUUUAUUGAUCGCGCUGAUAUUAUUUUUCUUGUUUACGAUCCAUCAAAAUUGGAUGUUGGUCCCGAAACUGAAGCCAUCCUCGACCAACUUAAGGGCAGGGAAUCUCAGACUCGUAUCGUAUUAAAUAAAGCAGACAUAGUGAAACCUGAAGAGCUGAUGCGUGUGCAGAGUGCACUAAUUUGGAACAUUUCACCGUUAAUGAGCUCUGCACAGCCACCAGUAAUGUAUACAGUGUCAUUGUGGUCGAUACCAUACGAAUCUAGCGCACCAACGCGGCUGCUGCAGGCCCAAGAACGGGAACUACUUCGAGAUUUACGUCAAGCAAUUGACAAGCGAAUUGAGAAUAAGAUCGCCAGCGCAAGAAGAUUUGCGGUUCGCGUUAGAAAUCACGCGAAGAUGGUUGACUGUUAUUUGACAACUUAUUAUAACCAUAAAACGAUCUUCGGCAAUAAGAAACUUAUUGCCGAUGCUAUUAUUGAGAAUCCCCAGAAUUAUCACAUUUAUGAGGGACUCAGCACUCUCACAAAUAUUUCAAGGUAUGACCUGCCAGAUCCCGAAACGUAUCGGGACUUUUUCCGGCUCAAUCCGCUGUACGACUUCCAACAGCUGUCGGCGACGUGCACAUACUUCCGAGGCUGUCCUAUCACGCGGCUUGACGUCGCCAUCGCUUAUGACCUGCCUGAACUUGUGGGCAAGUACAAGAAGAUGGUGGAGACCGCCACACCUCAGGGCAUGCCCAAAAGUUGAUGCCCUCGCGAACGAACGAAACCCGCGUCACACUUAACACUCGCUUUUUAAUUUUAGUGAAUUGGAUUGGACGUAAUUAUUUUGGGCACAUUAUGCAUUUCUUAUCUAAUCGGGCGUCGAAAUAAUUAUUCUUUUUUUUUUACAUCGCAUUUCUGUUUUUAUUUAUAUAAUUUAUAAUUAUUUUGCUUAAAUACUCGCUUAUUCCUCUUUUUUGCGAUGAAUGAUGUGUGGCAUUCGUAUGAGUACUACUUAUGUGAUUUUCUUCAUGCGUUUAUAAAUGACGCUGAGGAUAGUAUAUAAAAUACAAGACAACUUCCAAUUUCCUAAUUAACACUGUCUUUUUAUACAGGUCUCAAACGUAAGAUUAAAUUAAUCUAGUCAUUAAUGUAAAGUUUGUUAGUGAAAAGGUUGUUAUUCAUUGAGGUGAGUUCCUUCAACAUUAGGACUAAUAUAAUUUAUUAUGCGGUCUCUGCCUUAUUUCUUUGUUAGUUACCAAAUAAGACACAACGUGACUAUUUAAGUAAAAAUAAAAACAAAAAUGAA